GUGUUCAGAGUCUAGGAUGGCCCUUUCCUGGUUUAAGCGGGUGCGCAGUUUAUUCCUCAUCUGUACAUUUCUGUAGAUUUUGAGAGGUUAAAGUCUACAGGUUUUAAACUCUCCCAGAAUCCCUCCAGAGUGCAGAUCUCUAGGCAGUGGAGUCACAUUCCCCACCCUCUCAACCCUUCCCUCGACCAUAUAAGGAGAGGCAGCUGCUAGGGGCGUCCCCAGUAUCUAAAGAUAGAGGCUUUUGCCUGGGACUCCAAAUGCCACUGGGCAGGUGGAGCAGCCAUGGCACGGCAGCAUGCCCGGACCCUGUGGUAUGACAGGCCCAAGUAUGUGUUUAUGGAAUUUUGUGUUGAGGACAGCACGGAUGUCCAUGUGCUCAUUGAGGAUCACCGCAUUGUGUUCAGCUGCAGGAAUGGUGAUGGAGUGGAGUUGUACAACGAGAUUGAAUUCUACGCCAAAGUGAACUCCAAGGAUUCCCAAGAUAAGAGGUCCGGCCGCUCUAUUACUUGCUUUGUGAGGAAAUGGAAGGAGAAGGUGGCCUGGCCCCGGCUCACCAAGGAAGAUAUCAAGCCAGUAUGGCUGUCUGUGGACUUCGAUAACUGGAGAGACUGGGAAGGGGAUGAAGAGGUAGAGCUGGCUCACGUGGAGCAUUAUGCAGAGCUUUUGGAAAAGGUCAGCACCAAGAGACCUCCACCUGCCAUGGAUGACCUGGAUGAUGAUUCUGACAGUGCUGAUGCAACAAGUAAUUAACUUUCUGUGACAGCAGAGCUGAGAGGAGAUUAUAACUGCUUUCUGUUGCUCUGAAGAGUCGUGGCCUGGACCUUGUCAGCUCUUUGGCUGUGCACCAGGGUCCUUUGAGAUCUCCGAACUUCCCUAGAAGUUCUUUUUUUUUUUUUUCCCCUAAAUAUUUAUUUUUUAGUUUUAGGUGGACACAAUAUCUUCACUUCACUUUUAUGUGGUGUUGAGGAUCGAACCCAGUGCCUCGCGCAUGCCAGGCAAGCAUGCUACCACUUGAGCCACAUCCCCAGCUCCUCUAGAAGUUCUUUAUUAAGUGUUCCUCUUCAUACUUUAUGUCUUCCUACUGUGCACUUGACUUUGGUGCUUCAUCAAGAUAGCAGGAUAGGGGAGGAGUAGAUGGGGUUGGGAGGGGCUUCUAACUUCUUACUGAUUUAUUUAUAAGAUCUAUGUUUGGGAUGCUUGGUUAUUUGAGUUUUCCAUAUAUGUGAUAGAGCAAGAGCCAAAGAGGAAACAGAUUAUAAUAAAUCUCUAGGAGUGGUUCUCCAUCUUCCUCUUGGUGGAAAGCCUCUUCUGCUUUCAGAGUUUCUCUUAAGAAUGUAGGGUAGGGCUCAGAGAUUCUGGUCCUGAUUGAGGUUG